AUGCCUGGAGGAGCAGUUGUUCAUGGCACGACCGAUACCUCUCGGAUCGAGGCGCCAGUAACUGUCAAGGCAUACUUGAUGUGUGCUUUUGCAGCAUUCGGUGGUAUUUUCUUCGGAUAUGAUACAGGUUGGAUGUCUGGUGUCUUGGCGAUGCCUUAUUUCAUCACUCAAUAUACCGGAUUACAACAACCUCCUGCAGAUGCCCCAAAACCCACUUUGGACGCAUUCGCCGUCUCUGCUAGCAAUCAAUCUUUGACAACCUCUAUUCUUUCUUGCGGUACUUUCUUCGGAGCUCUCAUUGCUGGUGAUAUAGCCGAUACAAUUGGUCGUCGUAUGACUAUCAUCGCUGGUUGUGCAAUCUUCUGCGUCGGAUGUAUCAUGGAAACCGCCUCCACUGGUCUAGGUCUCAUGGUAGCAGGUCGUCUAGUUGCUGGCGGUGGUGUUGGAUUUAUUUCUGCUAUAAUCAUCUUGUACAUGUCAGAAAUUGCUCCGAAAAAAGUCCGUGGUGCCCUUGUCUCAGGAUAUCAAUUUUGUAUCACAAUCGGAAUCUUACUUGCCAAUUGUGUUGUGUACGCUACACAGAACCGGACUGAUACUGGCUCAUACCGAAUUCCUAUUGCAGUUCAAUUUUUGUGGGCUAUCAUCUUGGCGGUUGGGUUGUUCAUUCUUCCCGAAUCGCCCCGUUAUUUUGUCAAGAAGGGUCGUCUUGAAGAUGCAGCCAAAUCCCUAGCCAACGUUCGCGGUCAACCGAUCGAGUCUGAAUACAUUCAAGAUGAACUUGCGGAGAUUAUCGCAAACAAUGAAUACGAACUCUCUGUUGUACCACAAACAUCAUACAUUUCCCAAUGGACCAAUUGUUUCAAAGGAUCUAUGUUCGAUGGUUCCAGUAACCUUCGAAGAACUUUUACUGGUAUCACGCUUCAAUGUAUGCAACAAUUCACUGGUAUUAACUUUAUCUUCUACUUCGGAAAUGUCUUCUUCAAAUCCCUCGGAACGAUCAAGAAUCCCUUUUUGAUCUCCCUCGUUACUUCAUUGGUCAACAUGUUAACAACCCCUCUCGCUUUCUGGACCGUCGAGCGUUUUGGUCGUCGUAGCAUUCUUCUCAUUGGAGCUUCUUGCAUGAUCACCUUCCAGUUCAUUGUUGGCAUCAUUGGCGUCACUGCCGGUGAGGCUGACAAACAUAACAGCUCUGCCGUAUCUGCUAUGAUUGCUUUCAUCUGCCUCAACAUCGCCGCCUUCGCCACCACCUGGGGUCCAGCCGCCUGGGUCGUAGUCGGCGAGAUCUUCCCUCUCCCCAUCCGCUCACGCGGUGUUGGUCUCUCCACCGCCUCCAACUGGUUCUGGAACUGCAUCAUCGGAGUCAUCACUCCAUAUCUCGUCGGCACUCAAAAAGGUGACGCGAAUCUCGGCGCCAAAGUGUUUUUCAUGUGGGGUUCUCUCUGCGUGUUAAGUUUAUUGUUCGCGUACUUUUUCGUCUCGGAGACAAAGGGCUUGAGUUUGGAACAGGUGGACAGAAUGUUGGAAGAGACGACGCCGAGAACGAGCUCGAAAUGGGUACCGCAUAGUACGUUUGCUGGGGAGAUGGGUUUGGCGGGGGAUAAAGUGGUGGAGCAUGUGCCGCAUGCGGAAAAGGGACAUGCGUCUGAUGAGGCCGCGACGGAAGUUAACAAGGAUGUUGUUUAA